AUGGCCACUGUGCUAAAACAGUGUAAAAUUAUCAUUUGGGAUGAAUGUACUAUGGCACACAAACAUUCGCUUGAAGCAUUGGAUAGAACAUUAAAGGAUAUAAAAAACAACGGCAAACUAUUUGGCGGCACUCUGUUACUCCUUUCAGGUGAUUUUCGACAAACACUUCCCGUUAUUCCACGCUCAACAUAUGCUGAUGAAAUAGACGCAUGCUUGAAAUCUUCGCGACUUUGGCGUUAUGUUGAAAAAGUACAACUCACAGUGAACAUGCGCGUUCAAAUGCUUCAGGAUACAUACGCCGAAAUUUUUUCAAAACAACUAUUAGAUAUUGGCAAUGGCAAAGUUCCUGUACAUGAAAAUACGGGAUGCAUAAAAUUACAGCCGGAUUUCUGCACAAUCAUUAAUACGCAAAAUACUCUUAUCCACCACAUAUUUCCCGAUGUACAAACACAAUACAAAAAUCUGGAGUGGCUGUCAGAAAGAGCGAUUUUGGCAGCAAAAAAUGUGGACGUGAAUGAAUUAAAUUCAAAGAUACAAGAGUUGUUGCCAGGGGACCUGGUCUCAUAUAAAUCUGUCGAUACCGUUUGCGAUCCAAACGAAGCUGUGAAUUAUCCGAAUGAGUUUCUGAAUUCAUUGGAUAUGCCAGGCAUGCCACCGCACCAUUUAAAAUUGAAAGUUGGAUCUCCGGUUAUUUUACUAAGAAAUUUAAACCCAACACGGCUUUGCAAUGGCACAAGAUUGGUAAUUAAAAAAUUAAUGAAAAACGUUAUCGAAGCCAGCAUUUUGAAUGGCAAGUUCAGAGGCGAAAAUGUAUUGCUGCCACGAAUCCCUAUGAUUCCCACAGAUGUACCAAUUGAUUUCAAAAGAAUUCAAUUCCCAAUUAGAUUGGCAUUCGCAAUGACUAUCAAUAAGUCACAAGGCCAAACGUUAUCCGUUUGUGGCUUAGAUUUAGGUACGCCUUGCUUUUCCCAUGGACAACUUAAUGUGGCAUGUUCUCGCGUGGGAAAACCAUCAAGUUUAUUUGUAUUGGCUACAGACGGACUAACUAAAAAUAUUGUGCACUCUAUUGCGCUCAGGGAUUAA